UUAUAAUUUAGAUUUAUAAUGAUACGCGCACAGGGCGUUCACUUAUCUGCUCCCGGUGUGCACCGUUCGUACCCGCUACUUUUAGGACCAUUUCCGCUGCACGUUUCCCUGCCGAUAUCUGAUGGCCAGUUUGGCAUGCACCGGCACAGUGAGGGCAUGUUGGCUGUUGCGGUACCAACUGUGUCUGUUUUUCUGUCUUAGGUUUCGACUUUACAGGAGAAUUAUUGAUGUAAUACACUCGCAGCGGAAUAUCUCCGGCAUUUCAAGUGACCUUUGUAUAAUCUCGUAUUACCGAUUAAUUAUCUGUACUUCUACUAUUAAUAUGGUGAGCUAGCUCGCACAUGAACUACGUACUUCAUCCAUUUUACUUGGCCGUUCGUUUUGGCCGUAAUUAUCUUGCCAUCUAAAGCAGCUUCCAAUUUCUGCAGCCUCUAAAUUCAAAGUAAUUCCAGUACUGAUGUUAGAUUUUUGACUGUAGCAGACAUGGCUGAAUGGUGACUGAUCGCUCCGUACCCCCAAGGAUAAACUGGAUUGGAUGUCUUUGUGAUGGUCAAUACAUCAUUUGAACGGGAAAAUCGCCGGCUUGCUGCCACUGUCGAUCGUGUUGACGCUGAUUUCAAUCAUUUGGAUUUUUUUAUCUGCACGGAUCAGUUUGAAUGGAUGGUAUUAUUUAGGAUAUUUUAUGCAGUCGCAUAAUUAUUCCUCUUUAGCUGUGGGAGAUAUUAUGCGCAAAAACGUCUGCAAAAGCGCUGAGUGGAAAUGCUCAACACCACGGAUGUGCUUAUUGGCAUUAUCAACAUCACGUCCGUUAAUCAGUCCGCUAAUCCGAAAUCUGCACUUCCAACAUUUUUUCCUGUGGAGUAUCGAAUUGUGGCCACUAUUAUGCAUGUGUUGAUUUUUUUUACGGGAGUGUUUGGAAAUAUUUCUCUUGCCAUUGUCGUGCGCCGAACUAAAAGCAUGCAUACUCCGACUUAUUGUUAUUUAACAUCAUUGUCAAUAGCGGAUCUGAUGGUUCUCUUUUCGGCUAUGCCAGAGCAGCUGCUUUCUCAUUACCUUUAUAAGGGACAGUGGGUUCUCGGGCAUGCAGGUUGCUCCAUACUUCAGUUCGGCAAUUUCCUUGGUAUUAAUGCCAGCAGUUUAAGUAUAUUGUGCUUUACAAUCGAACGAUAUAUCGGCAUUUGCCACCCUUUAUUAGCCCAAAAAGUCUGCUCUGUAGGCCGCGCUAAAAAAAUCAUUGUCGGCAUCUGGAUUUUCGCAAUACUGUACUGUGCCCAGUGGCUGGGAUUAACAACCAUUAAAGCAGAAUUACAUCCUGGCUAUCCAGUCCUGUACAAGUGCUACUUCCGGUUGGAACGCGAACAAUAUGUAUAUAUGUUCAUGGCGGAUUUAUUGUUUUUCUACAUUUCGCCUCUUGUGGUCUCGGUAGUUCUGUACAUUCGAAUUGGGCUUACCUUGAGAAAAAGCGCAAAAAUGCAUAAGAAUUUGGGAAAGGGUGCAUUUAAAUCCAAAACCAAACUCUCUCGCUUGAACGGUUGCAACGCUAACGGAGCUACGCCACCGAGCGUAAUAACUCCGAAAAAUGCCGGUAAUGCAGCAGAUUCGAAAGCAUCUCAGCAAGAUAAAGCACGCGUACAGAUUGUGCGGAUGCUUGUGGUGGUUGUCACACUGUUCGCUAUAUUAUGGCUACCAUAUCGAGGGCUGUUGGUUUACAAUUCCUUCGUGUACGAGCCUGGGAAACGAUUCGUAGACAUCUGGUAUCUACUUUUCGCCAAGACUUUGGUCUACAUGAACAGUGCAAUAAACCCGAUACUAUACAAUGCCAUGAGUAAAAAAUUCCGAAAAAUUUUUCUGUACACCAUAUUUGGGGUUGGCAUCAGCGAAACGGCCCAUACCGCGCAGACGAGCGAACCGAAGACAGUCACGACACCGUUAUUGCAGCGCAGGACGGAAGGAAAUCCGCUGGAGCGAUCCGAAGCCGACACCGAUCACGCGGUAAAGCGUCCCAACUUUCCUUCGCAUCGCUGUGCGAGUCAAAGUAACCUUCAGCCGCCUGCGACAUACAAAACGAUUUGUCAAAAAACAGGUUCUGACGGCCAACUUGGAGUUUAUGCAAUAAUUGAUCUUCCCAUGCUUUCCGCAACUGCCGUAUGAACCGACGACCGACCGACCGGUGUGCUACAAUGCAAGGAAAUUUUUUAACGAAUUCGAGGUUUUGUUGGGAACCGUUGUGAAUGCAUUUAUGAUGAUUGCGGUUCUGAGUUACGAAAGUUUUUACCCCGCUCAUUGCAAUUUUUUAAGAGAUCCCCUUCAAAUUCUAACAAUGAGUUUCCUCAGAAAACUGAUCUCAUUAGA